AUGCCGAUCCGCGGAAAGCCACAACUGGCUGCUUCGAUUUUGCUUCUAAUUGCUGGUCAGAGUGCAAGUUGGCUUUCUCCAGUGCUCCAUGUUCAAGACGGCAAGUAUUUGACAAAGGCCCUGAAAGACAUUCCGCUCGUCAAGUCCGUCCGCGAGAGGCUACAUGCUGCCUGGAGUGAGCUUCCACUGCAGGUUCAAGAAGCUCCUGCCUACCAAGAUCUCAGAGCCUUUACCAUGGCCAGAUUUCCAGGCGGCGCUCACAUGCUGCCGAGCCCCUCGCGGGGCCUCCUUCUGCGGCGCCUGUGUACGGCCUUCGAAGCCCGCAGCGUGCUGGAAGUGGGCACCUUCACCGGCUACUCCGCGCUGUGCUUUGCAGAGGCAGGAGCCCAGGUGCUUAGCAUCGAGCGGUGCAAGCUCCAAGCCGCCGCAGCUCGAGAGAUCCUGACGCAAACCUUGCCCAGGAGGGACAUCAGCCAAGCUGCCGUGGAGGUACGGCGUGGGUUUGCCAGCGAUGUCCUUCCAGAGCUCGCCGGAUCUGAAACUUAUGAUCUGAUUCACUUGGAUGCAGGCAUGAAGAGCUACAUGCAGUUCUUGGACUUGGCUUUAGGUGGCGGACUCCUCGCUGAAAGCGGCGUGGUCUUGGCCGACAACGUGCUGUUCCGGGGCAUGGUCACCAACGCCAGCGCCCGCGUGGGAGGACGCUUCCAGCGAAUUGCGGAGAGCCUCCACUCCUUCAACGUCCGGUAUCUUCAAGAGGAUCCAAGGACUCAGGGAGUCAUUCUGCCCCACGACGACGGCCUGGCAGUGAUUUGGCCAAGAACUUGA